AAUAUGCCCUGGAAUUUGGACACUUUUUGUUGCACCAUUUUGGGUUGCUUCCCAGGUUGUCACUCAAAUGCAGGAUACGCCUCUUCAGGAGGCUAUUUAAAAAGGAGCUUGUGUGCAAUGUUCUUUGGACAGAGAGAGGGGGCUUGAAAAGAGAGCGGGGGAGAGAGAGUUGUUAGUCACUAGCCGUCAGUCUGAAAUCCAUCCUCUCUCACUCAGGAUGUCUGACAGCUUUGGGACAAUAACCUGGACCCUGUUCCUCCUCCUUCUUGCACCUGACUGGGUAGAAUCACAGACAUGUUCCUACCCAUGCCAGUGCCCCUCCCAGCCACUGCAGUGCCCUGCUGGUACCAGCCAUGUGUUGGAUGCCUGCGGUUGCUGCAAGGUGUGUGCCAGGCAGCUUGGUGAGCUGUGUUCCCUUCAGAAACCCUGUGAUCAUCACAAAGGACUCUACUGCGACUUCUCCAAAAUCCACAGUGGCAGUGGGAUAUGCUUAGCUAAUGAGGGAGCAACCUGUGACCUGCUGGGGAAGAUCUAUCACAACGGCGAGAGCUUCCAGCCCACCUGCAAGCUGCAGUGCAUCUGCAUGGACGGCGCCAUCGGCUGCAUCCCCCUGUGCUCAGACGACUUGCGGCUCCCCUCCCCAGACUGCCCCAACCCCCACCGGGUGAAGCUUCUGAACAAGUGCUGCGAGGAGUGGAUUUGCCAAGAGGGCAGCCAGGAGAACCGCUAUGAAACAGCCCUGGCAGUUUUUAGGGAGAAUUCAGCGUACAAGCCUGACCUGAACAACCUCCAGGAGAACUGCCUGGUCCAGACAACCGAGUGGAGCGCCUGCUCCAGGACCUGUGGGAUGGGCAUCUCCAGCCGCGUCACCAAUGACAACCCCCAGUGCCGCCUGGAGAAGGAAAGCCAGCUCUGCAUGGUCCGGCCCUGCGACUUCCUUCUGGAGAAGAGCAUCAAGAAAGGAAAGAAGUGUGUGCGGACCCCGAAGCACCGCCAGGCCAUUCACUUGGAGUUCUCCGGCUGCACCAGCGUGCGCACCUACCGACCCAAGUUCUGCGGCAGCUGCACGGAUGGCCGCUGCUGCACCCCGCACACCACCAGCACCGCAGAGGUGGAUUUUAGGUGCCCGGAGGGGGACAUCUUCCAGCGUAAGAUGAUGUUCAUCAGGACAUGCUCCUGCCACCAUGACUGCCCCAGGGACAAUGACAUCUUCCUGGCCACCUACCACAGGAGGAUGAUAGGUGACCACGUCAGGGCAGAGAGGCAGUAGCCUCUUCCUCCCUGACCCCCAGGCCUAGGUGUCAAGAGUGUUCUCAAGUGUCCACAGUGCCUCCGCUGCUGAAGCCCAGGACUGUGCAGUCCCUUCUCACCCGUGGGGAGACCACAAUGUAAUUUGGGCCCAGUGGCAAGGACAACAAGGCAGGCAGCAUGGAGGGGAGCAGUCCCCAUGGGCUCUCUACUGGUACCAUUCAUCAGGCAAGGCUUGGGCAAGAGCAUCUGGCACACUCCCAUCAUGGUGGGGAUGCUGAGAGAACCAGGCUAGAUGCAGAGAUGGGCCUGAACUGGAGCCCUGAUCCAUGUUUCCCCAGCUUGUAAGGGGCUUUGGAUCUGGAUCUAAGCCACAAGGCUUGGCCCCACCUCCAGCUGGGAGCAAAAUGAGUGUGGAGUUCCCCAAAGCCAUGCUGCAGCCUUGCCACAACCCCAGAGCAGAGGGCAAAGGAGAGGCCCAGCAGCCUGAUCUGUUGCCCAGCCAUGCCAAGCAGCCUUCUCAAUGGAGGAGGGAAUCUGAUACUGACCUUUUGCAAUGCGUCUCUCUACAUAGUUGUCUCCCUUGCCCAAAGAGGGGCUCCAGCCCUCCUGGCAAUUCCUUCCAACUAACUGGGAACUACCAUUGUUUGGCAAGGCUCAUCCCCUUCCUAGAGCUCCCCCCAUUGUGAUUCCCCUGCGCCCCAGAUUAACUGGACUGCAGGAAUCCUGUAGAUCUCUUGUGUCACCAUGUUGCACGCAGGGGAUACCACCCAGAUGAUAGCAAGGCUAUCUAGCAGGUAUGUGAAAGCCAACAUUACAAGGGAAACAGUGGGUCCCAUUGCAAGAACUUGCCAUAUGGCUUCCCUAGGGACAGCUGAGCCCUGUAAGAACCAUCUCCAGAGAAGACAGGACUCAGCUGGGCUUACCCUGCUCUUUGUCAAUGCUGGAAGGAUAGUUCUAGGGCCCAGCUCCCAUCCCAGGUAUGGCAAUACAGAGCAGAAGUAUCCAAGGAGAGUAACAUCAAUGUAAAACUGGGGCUGGUUAGAGUAGAGUCAGCCUUCCAGCCUGUUGCACAUCAACUAAGAGAUCUGCCCCCUGUGUUUUGCAAGUCCUACACUCAGCCUGUACUGCCAAGAAUGAGAAUUGCCCACUUUUCUCCUCUGUUAAACGUCAGAGCUAGAACAGCUUGGGGACAGGGAACUGGAUUCUCUAGUGGCCUGUGCAUUAGCAACAGAGUUGAAUUUCAGUAGCAGAGUCUUUUUAUGACCAGCAGUGCAUGAACCAGAAAAACCCAGCUCAGGUCAAAUCCCCCAGGAGCCUGAGGCACUGGCAGGAAAACCCAGCCUUUCUUGUAAAUGGAACAGAUUUAACCUGGCAUUACUGAGACAGUACUGCAGAAAGCGCUGCCUGGAGCAUCCUGUGUUCUGCAGCCACAGAACUCACCUCCUGCCAGAGAACUGGGUUGUAUUCACAGGGCUGUACAAUGACUGGGCUGGUUCACAGGAGUGUCUCCUGCAAAUCAAA